AUGGCGUCCGGACGUGGCUCCCAGGGCCUCAUAGCCUGCCUCUUGCUGCUUCAGUCAGAGCUCUGCGAAGUCUGGGCGGCUGCUGUAUUCUCUACUUCUGAUUUCUUCUCAUCGCACAGUGAGACCCCAAGGGUAAACCCACCGCCACCCACGCAGACGCAGGCCACCAUGAUGGCCCGCCAGGGCCAAUCCUCUCCUUUCAAGCCGUUUACCUUAGGGUGUGGCCAGUCCUUAAUGAAAAUCAUGGGAGGAGUACAGGCUCAAGAGAGGAAAUGGCCCUGGCAGGUGAGCAUCCGGGUCAGACACAUGCACAUCUGCGGAGGCUCCCUCAUCAGUGCCCAGUGGGUGCUGACUGCAGCCCACUGCAUUUACAGCCGGAUCGAGUACAAUGUCAAGAUGGGCGAUCGGAGUGUCUACCUCCAAAACACAAGCCUGGAGAUUCCCAUCAAGAGCAUCUUCGUCUACCCCCAGUUCUCAUCAGCGAUUAUUGUUAAAAACGAUAUCGCCCUUCUCAAGCUGAAGUACCCCGUGAAUUUUACCUCUAAUAUUUACCCCAUCUGCAUCCCUCCAGAGGCUUUUUUUGUGGCAACUGGGACCAAGUGCUGGGUGACGGGAUGGGGCAAAACAGACUCAGGUGCACCAAACGUUCCAACAGAAAUUCUCCGGGAGGUGGACCAAAAUAUCAUUCAUUAUGACCAAUGUAAUACGAUGCUGAAGAAGGCUACAUCAUCUUCUAAUGACCUAGUCAGGAGAGGAAUGAUCUGUGGCUACAAAGAACAAGGAAAGGAUGCUUGCCAGGGAGAUUCUGGCGGCCCUCUGUCCUGUGAAUUUAAUAACAAAUGGGUGCAGGUGGGAGUUGUGAGCUGGGGCAUCGGCUGUGGCCGCCGUGGAUACCCUGGAGUCUAUACAGACGUUGCCUUCUACAGCAAGUGGCUAACGGCAGUGGUGAACCAGGCCGCUUGUUUCUACCCACUGGUCCUCCUCAUCUUACCACUGUGUUUGCUGACCCUGUGA